CCUGCCCAAACCAGAUCAAUCGUUUUGGCGUUGUUGUGUAGUUAUCACCUGUGUGAGAAUUCAGUCUCGGACUUUUUAGCUCAAGCGAAAUGUGUCGCUCCUUCAGCUCCGCGUCCAUGUUGUUUUUCAUAGGGAUGAUCGUUCUGUCUGGGUUGAUUGUCAACUCGGCAGACGCUGCCGCAGCCAAUCGGACGGUUUACCCGAAAACUUAUUUCAAAAACAAGUCCGGCUCCUCCACUUAUUCCGCUACAACUUACAGAACCAAUGCUGUACCACCUGCAACAACCUACAAACCAAUUGUGCCAACAACAACUUACAAACCAGCCGUAACAACUUACAAAUCACCUGCGGCUCCUACAGUCACUUACAAGCCCGUGGUAAGUGUCCCAGUAACGACAACCUACAAGCCAGCCGUUGUUCAAGCAGUUAAAGUAGGAUCGUACACCAACACUUUCUUCAAAUCCAAAUCGGCCCAACCGUCUGCCACUUACAACAGACCAGCAGUGGUCCCGUUGGUCCCAGCCUACAAGCCAACAGCACCACCAACAACAACAACAACCACUUACAAACCCCCUGCUGUGGCACCAGUCGUCACGUACAAACCCGCAGUUGUCGCACCGGUGACUUACAAGCCUGCGGUCGCCACACCAACAACGCUAGCAGCAGCUCCGGCCAAAGGAUUGUACAAAAACACCUUUUUCAAAUCCAAAGCCUCGGUACAAAAGUACAACAACGACAAGCCAACAACAGUUGCACCUGCCACUACCUACAAGCCAUCGGUGGUCGCCCCGGCUAAAAUCCACAAACCCCAAAAAGAUGCAGCCGAAGAGAAAAAGGACAAGAAGAAAGAAUUGUACACCAACACUUAUUUCAAAAUCAAAUCGACCGAGAAACCGACUGUGGAGAAACACGUUCACAAAUCGCAUUCCAACGAUUCGUCGUCAUCUGAGGAAUCGUCGGAGGAAGCGCACGGAUUGUUAGGCGGAUCGUCCGAGUCGUCGGAGGAGUCGUCGUCCAAGUCGUCGGAAGAAGAAGGGUCGGGAUCGUCGGAAGAGAAAGAAGAAGAAGAAGAAGAAAGCAAAGAAGAAGAAGAAGAAAAUGAAGAAGAGGAGAAAUCCAAGGAAGGCGAAGAAGAAGAGGAAUCGAAAGAAGUCGAAGCCGUAACCACGACAACCGCCCAGCCAGCAGCUGUUAAGCAAAUCGUCGUCCCAGUCGCUCCCGACGACAAGAAGAAUACCAAACCAGUGUUUUUGGCUUUUAAAAAGAUGAAGAAAAAUUUCGUUCCCGCAUGA